AUAAGAAGAAGCACUUUAUAAAGAAAAACAACGACGGAUACAACAUCCAAUCAUAUUCGUAGGAAAUGUCCAAUGGUUGGUGACUAAUUUAAUUUGUGUCUCACGUAAUUCCCACGCAAAAGAUAAACUUACAGCGAAAUUAUGAUGUGUGCUAUAUACAAUAGUAAUAAUUUUAUUGAUUAACAAUCAAGAGGAGUAGUGAAAGAAUAACAACUCUAAUUAAACCACAUAUCUUAGAGAGAAGAGUUGGUGGUGUUAAGAAAAUGCAUUUUUCCAUUCCGGAUACACAGGAAUUAUAUUCCGACACCACAGGCUCCUCCUACACGGGAUACAAUGUUUAUGUGAAUGGAAGUUUUCACGCCUGCUUGCGUUACAAGCAACUGCAUGCCUUGAAUGAGCAGUUGCGUAGGCAUUGCCUUCCUAUGGGUCAAGUUUUACCCGAAUUUCCUCCCAAAAAGUUUUUGCCUCUAACAAACACACAAAUUGAAAGUCGACGACAGGCUUUGGAACACUAUUUGCAGGUGCUGGGCCAAGAUCCAAGAGUAUCCAAGCUGCCAACAUUUCAACAGUUCUUCUUAAACUCACAGCUGGAGACGGCAUUGGCUGAAGGUGUAUUCGAAGAGUACUUCGGGUAUGGCGCAGAGGAAAAUGGUUCGUCAAGAGUGGAGGAAUUCAUGCGACUCGUUUGUUUGGAGGUGAUAUUGCCCAAUGGUUACCAACUAAAAAUCGAUUGCUAUGUCUCCGAUAAUGCCACCGCUAUGUUACGAAAGGCCUUAACGUGUAUACAAUUGCCCGCAGAUAUGAUGCCAUACCUUUGUUUGUUUCUGGUGCGUAAAGAAUCGAAAGAUUCAUUGGUUUUGCUGAGGAAAUUAAUGGAUUUUGAAUCGCCGUUUGUAUCAAGAUUGUACAAUCAGCCAUGUCAAAUACAAAUAAGGAAAAGUUAUUGGAAUCCAGCCUAUGAUAUGGUGCUUAUGAAAAAUUCCAUUGCCUGUAAUCUGUUAUUUAUGCAGACUCUUUCGGAAAUCGAACGGGACUGGAUCAUAGCCUCUCCAGAGGUAUUGAAGAAAUUAAAAUCCCUCCAGGAGUAUGGAAUGCAUAAGGAAUACGUUGAUAUGGCCCGACAAUUGCCCCUAUAUGGUUGUUUACAGUUUCUAUCCUCCAUUGUGGAUUACCCAGAACCGGAAACAACAGCCCUUAUAGCGAUUGGUAAUAAGGAGUUAAGUAUGCGUACCAUGCAACAGGAUAAAAUUCUAGAAACCAAAUUUCGUGUUACACGUAUGCGAGUGUGGCGCGUUACUGCCUUACAUAACACGCAACAUUCGGAGGGGAAAGAUAAAACCUCAAAUCUGCAGCUAUCCUUUGAAUAUCUAAUGUCAAAACAAAAUCUUAGAUGGAUAACUAUCAAUAGUCCGCAGGCCAUGCUAAUGUCUGUUUGUUUACAGGAGAUGGUAAAUGAAUUGCUCAGCUCUAAGGACAGUGAACAAUUGACAAAUACAAAUUUAGGCAGCUCCAUAAAUGCCACUUGCUCAUCGUCCUCAUCAACGUCGUCCUUCAACUAUCCCACACCCACAACGUCAUUGUCAUCGUCUUCAACGCCCACCUCAAAUUAUGUGCAAUCCUAUAAUGAUGAGUCGUCAACGUCAUGUGAUAAUUCGCCUUCAGAUGCACCAGUUAGAUUUUUGGCCCAGCGCAUUUUGAAUAAACAAAAUCCCCGUAUAUCCAAACAACAUUCCUAUGGUGCGGUAUUCUUUAGAAAUGCAUUAGCCCAAGAGGACGCAGUGCAAAAUGAAGCAUUCGAGGGAAUUGGCGAUGACGACUUGUAAAAGCAUCACCACUCAACCGUUUUGUAAGUGAAAAAGAAAAACAAAAAACAUUUUUACAGGUAUUUAUGCGAUUUUCUUUAAUGGUUUGAAAC